AUGUCUGUUGAAGAAUCAUUUGCUAAAUUGUGUAUGAACGAAACUCCUCCAUCUGGUGCCGUCGCUGUUAAAUCUUUGGUUUUUAAACCAAAGACCGCCAAGACUGCUACCCCUGUCCCAGUGGUUGUCAUUGCAUUGCAUACUACUAACACCCCUUCUGGUGUAGUAGCUUUAGAGUCAGGUUCUAAAGACCCAAGAUUGGCUCGUGAUGAACUUUUUGCAUCUUUCUUUAAAUGUGAAACUGCUAAAAAAUUCACUUUGGCUCAUUUAAAGAAUGCCGAAUCCCCUAUCUCUGUCUUGAUCGAUGAUCAAUUAGUUAACAUCGAUGACUCAACUGUCUUACAAUUAAACGAUGAAUUAUCAAUUAAAAAAGAUUCUUUAUUCGAAUAUUUGAAAGAUUUCGAAUCCUCAUCAAAGAUUGUUAACUUUGCUCAAGAAGUUAAAAAGGAAGAACCAAAGAAAAAGGCCCCACAAGCUCAAGCUAAUGCUGCAAUCGAAGAUGCCAAGUUGAUUGGUAUCACCGUCGACAAGGCUUUAGAUUUCCCAGGCUGGUACUCACAAGUUUUAACCAAGGGUGAAAUGUUAGAUUACUAUGAUGUUUCUGGUUGUUACAUCUUGAGACCUCCUUCUUACGCUAUCUGGGAAGCCAUCCAAAAAUAUUUCGAUGCUAAAAUCAAAGGUUUAGGUGUUCAAAAUGCUUAUUUCCCAAUGUUCGUUUCGUCUCGUGUCUUGGAAAAGGAAAAAGAUCAUAUUGAAGGUUUCGCUCCUGAAGUCGCUUGGGUUACAAAGGCUGGUCAAUCUGAAUUAGAAGAACCAAUCGCUAUUAGACCAACUUCUGAAACUGUUAUGUAUCCAUACUACGCUAAAUGGAUCCAAUCUUACAGAGAUUUACCAUUAAAAUUAAACCAAUGGAAUUCUGUUGUCAGAUGGGAAUUCAAACAUCCACAACCUUUCUUAAGAACCAGAGAAUUCUUAUGGCAAGAAGGUCACACCGUUUUCUUAAAUGAAAAAGAAGCUCAAGAAGAAGUUCUACAAAUCUUAGAUUUCUAUGCAGGUGUUUACGAAGAAUUGUUAGCCGUACCAGUCGUUAAAGGUAAGAAGACUGAAAAAGAAAAAUUCGCUGGUGGUGACUUCACUACCACUGUUGAAGGUUACAUUCCUCAAACAGGUCGUGGUAUCCAAGGUGCUACUUCUCAUCACUUGGGUCAAAAUUUUUCUAAAAUGUUUAACUUGUCUGUCGAAAACCCAUUGGGUCCAGACCAUCCAAAAAUCUUUGCUUACCAAAAUUCCUGGGGUCUAUCCACCAGAGUUAUCGGUGUUAUGGUCAUGAUUCAUUCAGAUAACAAAGGUUUAGUUAUCCCACCAAGAGUUUCUCAAUUCCAAGCCGUAGUUGUUCCAGUUGGUAUCACCAAGAAGACCUCUGAAGAACAACGUAAGAAGAUUCAUGAAGCUGCUAGAGAUGUUGAAAGCCGUUUGAAGAAAUCUGAUGUCAGAGCCUUUGGUGAUUACAAUGAUAACUAUACUCCAGGUUGGAAGUUUGCUCAAUAUGAAUUGAAGGGUAUUCCAUUGCGUGUUGAAAUGGGUCCAAAGGAUAUUGAAGAAAGCCAAGUUACUGUUGUUCGUAGAAACGAUUCUCGUAAAUACACCGUUAAAUUGUCUGAAUUGGAAAGCCGCAUCCCUGAAAUUAUGGACGAAAUGCACCACGACUUAUACGAAAAAGCCAAGGAAUCUUUUGACACUCAUAGAGUCAUUGUUAAUGAAUGGAAAGAUUUCGUUCCAGCAUUGAACAAGAAGAACGUUAUCUUGGCCCCAUGGUGUGGUGUUAUGGAAUGUGAAGAAGACAUUAAGGAAGGUUCUGCAAAGAAGGAUGAUGGUGAAGAAUUCGAACAGGACGACAAGGCUCCAAGUAUGGGUGCUAAAUCAUUAUGUAUUCCAUUCGAACAACCAGAAUUAGCCGCUGGUCAAAAGUGUGUUAAGUGUGACCGUGAAGCUAAACAAUACUGUAUGUUUGGUCGUUCAUACUGA